CUGGGGAGGAAGGUCCUGUAAGGGAGGGAAGGGCUAAGCUGCGGACAUCCCAUCAAAGGGGUUGGAGGUCGCUACGGUUGGGAAUGGGGGGCUCCGGGCGGACCCUAUGAGAAGACGCAGGCCGGAGGGGGCGCAAGGGUCGGGAUCAGGCAGGCGAUGGCGGCGCUGGGCAUCACCCCGGAGCAACUGGCGAGCAGCCUGGCCGAAACGGAGGAGCUGUUGGCGGCGCGCGUCUCCGAGCCGGUCCAGGCCCGCUGGCGCUGGGCGGUGAAGCUGGACGAGCCGCCGGACCUGGAUCGCUUCUGCGGGCAGCUGAGCCAAGCCCGUCGCGGCCGGGAGACUCUGCUUGCCCGGAACGCGGUGCUAUCGGAGGCCGAGCAGGAGCGGCUGCAGGGGCUGCUGAGGCUGGAGAUGGCUCUCUUGCGCGGCAUCCAAGCGCUGGCCGAGGGCGCGGGGCCGGCCCCGGUUACGACGGGACGGAGGCGCGGGAGGAAGCCGGGCGUGGCGGCGCUGCGGGCGGCUCUGCUGGGGCUGAAGGCGGAGCUGGAGGCAGAGGAAGAACCGGGCCUGCCCGGGGACGCCGCACUCGCUCUGCGGCUCGCCUUGGAGGCGCUGCUGGAAAAGCGGCCGCGGGAGGCUGUCCGAGCGCUGCUGCGGGUGGAAGGGCGCGCCCGGCCGAAGAGUCUGCUGGCUCUGAUCCAAGCCCUGCAGGAGGAAGGUUGGGCCGAGCUGCCCCUGCAGGAGCUGCGCCCGCUGCUGGAGAAGGCGCUGCGCCUGGUGCGCAAGGAGCGGAGCUGGCCGGCUGCUGAUCUGGAGAGGACUGUGUGGGCAGGCCCGCUGGAGGAGGAGGAGGAGGAGGAGGAGGAUGCUCCCAAUGGGACCUUAUCAGAAGUCUCCUUGGAGGGGUCAGGACUGGGGCACAGGUCCUCCCAAGAGGUCCCUGCAGAGAGCUCCCCAAAAGACCCCCAUCAGGAUCAUCUUACGCCCGGAAAGAUUGUGCCCGCUGAUUUAAAGUCUCGCCUUCCAAACGAGGCGCCGUGUGGAAUUCAGCUGGAGAUGGACGCUCCCUCUUUGAAGGAUGCUCCGGGGAGGAAAGCGGAUGACCUUCGGAUUGUUCUCCGGGAAACGACCAGCAGGAAGACGAGUGCGCUGCCACCCGGCUUGUGGGACCAGGGCCCCCGGAAGAUGUGCAGCCACCUCCACCAGCUUUGCCGACAGUGGCUUCAACCCGAAAAGAACACAAAGGGGCAGAUGCUGGACCUGGUGAUCCUGGAGCAAUUCCUGGCUAUCCUGCCUUCAGAGAUGGAGAGCUGGGUCCGGGAGUGCGGAGCAGAGACCAGUUCUCAGGCGGUGGCCCUGGCUGAAGCUUUCCUCCUGAGCCAGAUGGAGGAAAAGAAGGAGAAGGCAGAAGUUCAGGCCCUUCAUUUCCAGAGGCCUGACUUGAAGUCCAUCUCUGUGAACCCCGAGGAAAGGAGGGAUCUUCCACAUCCUUCCCAGGAGCUGGUCUUCAGUGGGAUCUUCCAUGAAGAUCAAAGUCAAGACACCUCCUGCGAGAAUGGAAAGUCCUCAUUCAUAAGUUCCUCUCCUUUUUCUGAUGGGGUUGAAAAAACAGUUGAACCUCCAACUCAGGUUCUUGUCUCUUUAGAGGAGGUGGCUGUGUGUUUCUCUGAGGAGGAAUGGUCUCGGCUAGAUCCUGUUCAGAAAGAUCUGCACAGAGAAGUCAUGCUGGAGAACUCCAAAAAUGUGGCCUUUUUGGGAAAUAAUGUUCAGGAGAACAAGGAAGCCUUCCAAAUGUUCAGCGAUGAAGAGAGAAGAAAGGAGUUUUCAUACCCAAUGGAAACAACAGAAAACGAAAGAAAUCUGUCAAACAAUGGAAGUAAGAGGAGCUCAACUUUCCCAUCCAUUGAAAUUCAAGACUUUCUACCCAAAGGAGAUCAGAGAGAAAAUUUAAAAGUGGAAAAUGUGGAAACAUUUGAAGAGAGCUUAGAUUUAUAUGAACAUUACACAAUUCACAUUAAAGAAGAGGAUCUUGGCCAAGAGGUUGAAAAAAGCUGCAAUUGGACCUCUGGCAUUUCUUUAUGUGGAGAAGCCAAAAUGAGAAAUAAAGCAUAUAAAGGUACAGAGAAUGGAAAGCAUUUAAGUGGUAGCAGUUCUCUUGUUCCCAGUGAAAGGACUGACUUGGAGGAAAAACCGUAUAAAUGCAUGGAAUGUGGAAAGAGUUUCAGCCAGCGUGGUAAUCUCAAUUCCCAUAAAAAAAUCCACACAGAGGAGAAACCUUAUAAAUGUGAUGAGUGUGGAAAGAGCUUUACUCAGAAGGUCAAUCUUAAUUCCCAUAAAAUGAUUCACACAGGGGAGAAACCGUAUAAAUGUGAAGAGUGUGGAAAGAGUUUUACCCAAAAUAUUCAAUUGACUUCACAUCAGAGAAUCCAUACAGGGGAAAAGCCAUAUACGUGCAUGGAGUGUGGGAAAAGCUUCAGGUGGAGCACUCAGUUUACUUCCCAUCAAAGGAUCCACACAGGAGAGAGACCAUAUAAAUGCAUGGAGUGUGGGAAGACUUUCAGUGAAAGCAGUUCCCUUACUUUCCACAAGAGGAUCCACACAGGGGAGAAACCAUAUAACUGCAUGGAAUGUGGAAAGAGCUUCAGCAUGAGCAGUUCACUUACCUACCAUAAAAGGAUCCACACAGGGGAAAAGCCAUAUAAGUGCUUGGAGUGUGGAAAGAGCUUUACACAGAACAUUCAACUUACUUCUCAUAAAAUGAUCCAUACAGGGGAGAAGCCAUACAAAUGCACUGAGUGUGGCAAAAGCUUCAAUACAACCAGCAACCUUGCUUGUCACAAAAGAAUCCACACUGGGGAGAAACCCUACAAAUGUAUGGAGUGUGGAAAGAGUUUCACUCAAAAUAUUCAACUCACUUCCCAUGUAAGGAUUCACACAGGGGAGAAACCAUAUGAAUGUAAAGAAUGUGGAAAGAGCUUUACUCAAAAGAUUCAACUUACCUCUCAUAAAAGGGUCCACACAGGGGAGAAACCAUAUAAGUGCAGGAAAUGUGGAAAGAGCUUCCGUAAUAAUGGGUCCCUUACUCUUCAUGAAAGGAUCCACACUGGAGAGAAACCGUAUACGUGCAUGGAGUGUGGAAAGAGCUUCAGCCGGGGCAGUCAUUUUGCUUCCCAUAAAACAAUCCACACAGGAGAAAAGCCACAUAAAUGCCUCGAGUGUGGAAAAAGUUUCCGUGAAAACACUUCUCUUACUAUUCAUAAAAGGAUCCACACUGGGGAGAAGCCAUAUAAAUGCUUGGAAUGUGGAAAGAGGUUCCGUGAAAAUGGGUCAUUUACCUCCCAUAAAAGAAUCCACACAGGGGAGAGGCCAUAUAAAUGCAUGGAGUGUGGAAAGAGCUUCACGACAAGCAGUAAUCUUACAUCCCAUAUGAGGAUCCAUUUAGGAGGGAAACAGUAUAAAUGCAUGGAAUGUGGAAAGAGUUUUAGCAAGCAGAGAUAUCUUACUUCCCAUAAAAAAAUUCACACAGGAGAGAAACCAUAUAAGUGCAUGGAGUGUGGAAAGAGCUUUACUCAAAAGGUUACUCUUAAUUCCCAUCAGAUGAUCCACACAGGAGAGAAACCAUAUAAAUGUAUGGAAUGUGGUAAGAGCUUCAGGAAGGCCACCCAGCUUACUUCCCAUCAAAAGAUCCACAGAGGCGAAAAACCAUAUAAGUGCACGGAGUGUGGAAAGAGUUUUACCCAAAAGGUUACUCUUAAUUUCCAUAAAAUGAUUCAUACUGGAGAGAAACCAUAUACGUGUAUGGAGUGUGGAAAGAGCUUCCGGAAGAGCGCUCGGCUUACUUCCCAUCAAAGGAUCCACACAGGAGAAAAACCAUAUAAAUGCACGGACUGUGGAAAGGGCUUCAGCUUGAGCAGUUCCUGUACAUAUCAUAAAAGGAUCCAUGCAGUCGACGGAACGUAUGAAUGCAUGGAAUGCGGAAAGACUUUCAGCCAGUGCAGCUAUCUUAAUUCUCAUAAAAAAAUUCACACAGGGGAGAAACCAUAUAAGUGCACAGAUUGUGGAAAGAGCUUUAAUCAGAAGUGUAACCUUAAUUACCAUAGAAUGAUUCAUACGGGGGAAAAACCAUAUAAAUGUGAAGAGUGUGGAAAAGGCUUUAUCCAGAACUUUCAACUUACCUAUCAUAAACGGAUCCACACGGGGGAGAAGCCGUAUUCGUGUUUGGAGUGUGGAAAGAACUUCAGGUGGAGCAUUCAACUGACUUCCCAUCAAAGGACCCACACAAAGGAGAGACCGUAUAAAUGCACGGAAUGUGGAAAGUGUUUCAGCCAGCGCGGUAAUCUCAAUUCCCAUAAAAAAAUCCACACACAGGAGAAACCAUAUAAAUGCAUGGAAUGUGGAAAGAGCUUUACUCAGAAGGUGACUCUUAACACCCACAAAAUGAUACACACAGGAGAGAGGCCAUAUACGUGUACAGAGUGUGGAAAGAGCUUCCGGAAAAGCAGUCAGUUUAUAUCCCAUCAAAGGAUCCACACAGGGGAAAAACCAUAUAAGUGCACGGAGUGUGGAAAGAGCUUCAGCAUGAGCGGUUCCUUUGCAUACCAUAAAAGGAUCCAUGCAGGAGUAGGACCAUAUCAAUGCAUGGAAUGCGGAAAGAGUUUUACCCAGUGCAGCUAUCUUAAUUCUCAUAAAAAAAUCCACACGGGGGAGAAACCAUAUAAGUGCAUGGAUUGUGGAAAGAGCUUUAGUCAGAAGUGUAAUCUUAAUUCCCACAGAAUGAUUCACACAGGGGAGAAACCAUACAAAUGUGAAGAGUGUGGAAAGAGCUUUAUCCAAAACUUUCAACUUACCUACCAUAAAAGGAUCCACACGGGGGAGAAACCGUUUAAAUGCAUAGAAUGUGGAACGAGUUUCAGGUGGAGCACUCAGCUGACUUCCCAUCAAAGGACCCACACAAAGGAGAGACCGCAUAAAUGCAUGGAAUGUGGGAAGACUUUCAGCCAGCGCAGUAAUCUCAAUUCCCAUAAAAAAAUUCAUAAUGAGGAGAAACCGUAUAAGUGCACGGAGUGUGGAAAGAGCUUCAGUCUUAAGGUUACUCUUAAUAACCACAAGGUGAUUCACACAGGGGAGAAGCCGUAUAGAUGCACAGAAUGUGGAAAGAGCUUCAGGAGAAGUACCGAACUUAUUUCCCAUCAAAGAAUCCACACGGGGGAAAAACCAUAUAAGUGCACAGAGUGUGGGAAGUGCUUUAGCAUGCAUAGUUCCUUUACAUACCAUAAAAGGAUUCACAAGGGGGGCAAGCCAUAUAAAUGCAUGGAAUGUGGAAAGAGCUUCAUCAAUAGCCGUUCCCUUACAUAUCAUAAAACGAUUCACAUAAGGGAAAAACCAUAUAAAUGCGAAGAGUGUCGGAAGAGCUUUGCCCAAAAGAUUCAGCUGAUUUCCCAUCAGAUGGUCCACACAAGGGAGAAGCCAUAUUCAAAAGCUUGGGGGGUGGACUAGAAGACCUCCAAAGUUCCUUUCAGGUCUGUUAGUCUGUUAUUCUGCUUCAACAGAAAAGGAUCCACAUGAAGAAGAAACAGUAGAAAUGCUUGGAAUGUGGAAAGAGGUUCUGUGAAAAUCCAUGAAACCAUCUUUCCAGAGGUUUGGUAGUGACCGAUCAUCAGGAAUGUCCACUUCCAAUAUAAUUGGCCCCAAGAAAUUUCUAGCUAUAAAGCUAAAGGUAAAGGUUCCACUCACACAUAUGUGCUAGUCGUUCCCGACUCUAGGGGGCGGUGCUCAUCUCCAUUUCAAAGCCGAAGAGCCAGCACUGUCUGAAGACGUCUCCAUGGUCAUGUGGCCGGAUGACUAAAUGCCAAAGGUGCUGUUACCUUCCCACCAAAGUGGUCCCUAUUUUUCUACUUGCAUUUUUUACGUGCUUUCGAACAGCUAGGUUGGCAGAAGCUGGGACAAGUAAUGGGAGCUCACCCCAUUAUGCAGCACUAGGGAUUCGAACCACUGAACUGCCGACUUUUUGAUCCACAAGCUCAGUGUCUUUAGUCACUGAGUCACACAGAGUCUCAGAUGAUAAACUCCUGGAGCAGUUUCUGAGCAGUGAUUCUUGUCAAUUCCAUCUCAGCCAGCUGGAGCAACAGAAGGAACAGGAAGAACUACAGAGGAGAGGCCUCAUCUGGCAAGCUCAAAAUGGGAUCUAAAAUAAUAAAGUACAGCUGUUUUGAAUUCUUAAA